CCAGUAGCAGCAGCCAUGAGUGCCAUGAAGUUUUGCCGUGAAUGCAACAACAUACUGUAUCCCAAGGAGGACAGGGACCAGAAGGCGCUCCUCUUCGCCUGCAGGAACUGCGACCACCAGGAGGUCGCAGACAACAACUGUGUCUACAGGAACAUCGUGCACCACAGCGCCGGAGAGUUCACCCAGGUGCUCCAGGACGUCGCCGGCGACCCGACUCUGCCCCGCACCAAGGAGGUCCGGUGCGCCGUCUGUGGCCACGGCGAAGCUGUCUUCUUCCAGGCCACCGCGAGGGGGGAAGAAGGGAUGACGCUGUUCUUCGUCUGCUGCAACCCAAGCUGCGGCCAUCGAUGGAGAGAAUGAGAUUUUGAUCAGCCAACCAGUGAAUUCAACUCAUGCAACAUUCAGAGAGAUGUUUUUUUCUUCCCAAGAGAUUGUUUCCCCAAAGUAGCAUUAAUUGAUUCGUAUGUUUCAAAUACAUCUGGAGAGGAAAGCAAUCAAAUCAAAGGAUGGGAUGAGGACAAUUUUGUUGGUGUUGUGUUCCCUUCUGCAAUUUUUGCAGUAGCUUAAGCAGUAAAUCUUGAGAACAGAGCAUGUUCUGAAUUUUCAUUCAUUCAAGCAAACAAUCAACAGAGGACUCAAU